CUUCUUCCAGCGCUCUCCAUCGCUCGUUGUCUCCUCUCCAUCUCUCACUCGGUGGCCAUGCCCAUCACAAUCUACGACUCGGACUACCCCGCCCCCUUCCUGCCGCAGCAGUCGAUCUUCGACUUCCUCCUCCCGCCGGGGCCGGGGGUGAGCCCCAUCCCGGACUGGUCGCCUGCGCAACCACUGUUCAUCGAUGGGCUCGACGGACGUGUGAUCACGCGCGGAGAGCUGCGCGACAAUGCGCUGCGCAUUGCCUCGGGCCUCCGCGCGGUGGGCGUCAAGCGCGGCGACACGGCGUGCAUCUGGGGCUUCAACAGCCUCGAGUACGUCCAGGCCGGGUACGCGCUCAUGGCCGCGGGCGUGAUCGCCAGCCCGGCGAAUGCUGCCUAUCAACCUCUCGAGGUUGCGCAUCAGCUCAACGACUCGAACUCGACGUUCAUCUUCAUCGCGCCAGCCCUCCUCCCUGCGUUCGAGAAGGCGCGUCCUCACCUCAACGCUCCGUUCCCAAACGAGCGCAUCGUCUUGCUCUGCAAGCCGCAGGACAAGCCGGCGGGCUCGCCGUACAAGCUGAUCACGGAGAUUCUGGGGGAGCCUGCUGAGCCCGAGCAGUUCAACGGCAAGGACGCGCAGGAGGUGGCUUGGCUCUGCUACUCAUCCGGCACGACGGGCCUGCCGAAGGGUGUUAUGACGUCGCAUUUCAACCUCACGAGUCAGUUGCAGGCGGGCGUGCUCGGCAUCGAGCAUCUCGAGAGCGGGCACGACGCUGUUCUUGGCGUCCUCCCGAUGUCUCACGUGUACGGCUUGGCCUACAUCCUCAUGAUGCCGUCGACGAUGGGCGUGCCUGUUGUCAUCCUCCCACGGUUCGACGAAGAAGCCACCCUGCACAUCAUUCAGAAGUACAAAAUCACAUACGGGCUCAUAGUUCCCCCAAUCCUUCUGGUGCUGCUCCACUCGAAGCUCUUGGCCAAGUACGACAUCUCGUCGAUGCGCGCGAUGGUGUGCGCCGCGGCGCCAUUGUCGGCGCUGCAAGCCGAGGCGUUCGCCGCCAAGUUCCCCGAUAUCAAGCUAAUGCAGGGGUACGGGAUGACCGAGUGUUCGCCGGCAACGCACGUGAUGGCGGCGCACGAGGUGGAGGGGAACGAGGGCUACUGCGGGCGCAUGUUGCCGACGUUCCAAGCGCGGCUGGUGGACCACAACACGGGGCUGGACGCGGCGCCGGGCGAGCGCGGCGAGCUGUGGCUCCGCGGACCCAACAUCAUGCUCGGGUACCACAACCGACCGGAGGAGACGGCGAAGAGCAUGGCCCCCGGCGGGUGGUACAAGACCGGCGACGUGCUGACGCGGCGCGACGACGGGUGGUGGAAGGUCGUUGACCGCGUUAAGGAGCUGAUCAAGUACAAGGGGUUCCAGGUGGCGCCGGCCGAGCUCGAGGGCCUGCUGCUCAAGCACCCCAAGGUGAUUGAUGUGGGGCUCUGCGCCGUGUACGACGAGAGCCAGGCGACCGAGCUGCCGCGCGCGUACAUUGUCGUCGCGCCCGACUACAAGGACGAACGUGGGGUCGGGCGCGAGGUCGCGGACUGGCUCGCGUCGCAGGUCGCGUCGCACAAGCGCCUGCGCGGCGGCGUUGUCGUCGUGGACGAGAUUCCCAAGUCGCCGGCCGGUAAGAUUUUGCGCAAGCACCUGCGAGACCGUGCGGCGAAGGAGUGGCAGGCGGAGAGCAAGGCCAAGGGUGCCGCAAGGCUGUAAGAGGAUCUUGGAGAGAGCGGAUACCGGCGGCUAGUCCAGUAGGCUGGGAAAGGGUGAAGAUGGAUAUGUAUGAAC